AUGGCACCGAAGAAGGCGGCGACGCCCAUAUUCGCCAACAAAGAGGAUGGCCAGUUCCGCGAGGCGCUCAAGCUCUACGACUCGAAGCAGUACAAGAAGGCGCUCAAGCUCGUCGACCAGACGCUCAAGAAGAACCUGGCCCACGCCGAGCUGGCGGCGCUCAAAGGGUGUCUCAACUUCCAGCUCGGCCACAAGGACGACGCCGAGCCCUACAUCACCAAGGCGAUUGCCAAAGAACCGAACAACUUCCUCGUGUGCCAUUUGGCCGGCAUCUACUACCGCAGCGUCGAAAACUACCCCGAGGCCGCCAAGUGGCUCAAGGCGCUGAUGGACAACGGCCUGCCCAACAAGCCGAUCUUGAGGGACUUGGCCCUGUUGCAACUGCAGGUGAGAGACUACAAACACUUGAAAGAGCUGCGCCAGCAGUACCUCGAGUCCCAGCCGGGGUACCGGGCCAACUGGACGGGGGUGGCGGUGCUGCACCAUCUUGCCGGUGAUCCCAAACAGGCGGUGCUGACGUUGGUUAAGAUCGAGGACUUGAUCAAACCCCACAUGACCGACGCCGACAAGUACGAGCACCUGGAGUGCGUGUUGUAUAAGGUGCUGCUCAUCGCCGAGCUGGGGGACUACCAGCAGGCGUUGGAGACGUUGGAAACCGACAGUGAGUCUAUCUUGGAUAGAUUAAGCUUCCACGAGUACAAGGCUAAAUACCUUAUGCUUUUGGGCCGCAAAGACGAAGCGGCGACGGAGUACCGCCGUUUACUCCAACGGAACCCGGAUAACGCCGGCUACUAUAAGUUAUUGGAAACGGCGUUGGGCACGAGCAACGCCGAUUUUGUUGUGCGCUACUCGUUAUACCAGAAAUUGGCCCUGUUUUACCCGAAGCUGGACCCCCCCGCCUUUCUUCCGCUCACGUUUUUGCCCGCCGACCUGCCCCAAUUUGCCGAACUGGCCCGCAACUACGUCAUUGGCCAAUUGAAGCGCGGCGUACCGCUGACGUUCGUCAACGUCAAGCCCAUCUACAAGAAUAAGGCCAAACGGGCGGUGAUCGAAGGCCUCGUCACCGAUUUUUACGAGACGCAAGUGCCCGAGUUGGAGAAGAAAAACCCCACCAUCAGAGUGUGGACCCAGUACUUCUUGGCGCAAAACUACUUGUACCAGGGCCACUACGACCAGGCCCAGCGCUACGUCGACUUGGCCCUCAAACACUCCCCCACCCUCGUCGAGCUCUAUAUCCUCAAAGCCCGCAUCACUAAGCACCAAGGGAAGCCUCAGGAAGCGGCCCAGAUCAUGGACGAAGGCCGCCAGCUCGAUUUGCAGGACCGCUUCGUCAACUCCAAGGCCACUAAGUACCUUUUGAGGGCUGACCGUGUCGACGACGCCGUCGCCACCAUCUCCCUUUUCACCAAGCUCGACGACGACGCCGUCAACGGGUGCAAGGAUUUGCACUUGAUGCAAGUGAACUGGUUGCUUGUCGAAUCCGGUGAGGCCUACACCAGAUUAUACCGCGAAGCGCAGGCGGUGGACGAUGAAGAACACCAGGAAUUGGCCGAGUUGUACCGCGGGCUCGCGUUCAAACGGUUCCACAGCGUCGUCAAGGUGUUUGAGACCUUCUACAACGACCAGUACGACUUCCACCUGUACUGUAUGAGACGGGGCACUCCUAGAGACUAUGUCGCCACCCUCAAAUGGGAAGACCGCAUCCACGGCACUCCCAUCUACGUCAGAGCCAUCAAGGGUCUCCUGGACCUCUACUUCGAUUUGGCCAAGGCACAACAAACUGCUGCCAGUGCCACCAACGGCUCUACCGCUGCCAAAAAGCCGCAAAAGAAAGCCAAGAGAAAGUACACUAAAAAGCAAAAAGAAUGGGCCACCAAGGUGGAACUGGUUAAAGACGACCAGGACCCGUUUGGCGUAACUGCCUACGACGAGGUGGCGCUGGCGGGCAACGCCUUGGACCAGCUUCUCACCCUCGUGAAGCCGUUGCUGGAAGAGGCUAAAGACUACGUCACCACGUGGAGAGUGCUUUUCGAUAUUUAUUUGCUUCAACAGAAGUACGUGUUGGCGUUGCUGGCGUUGAAGCAGUUGGCGCGCUUGGGCGACGACGUCACCGCCAAAGUGGCGACGUUGAAGGAGACGGUUGAGGGCGAUUCUGACGCCAACGCCGCCAUCAAACAGGUGGUGGCCAAGGGCAUCGACGCCGCCUUCGGAUAG